CAAAUGUCAUUCCGGGACAACAAUUAAAAAAUGUCGGAAUCGUGUCAAGACGGUAAUUGUCAUGGAAAUAAUGAAUUUGGGCCUGAUGAAUCACCUACGAAGCUUAUUGUCAAUUAUAUUCCUGAGGUUAUGACCCAGGACAUGAUGUUUUCACUGUUUUCUACCAUGGGUAAAUUAGAAAGUUGUAAAUUGAUAGCGAACAGAGGAUAUGGGUUCGUCGAGUACUGUCACCCAGAAGAUGCGGUAAAGGCACGUAAAGCCUUCAACGGCCUCUUAAUGCAAAAUAAAACACUUAAGGUAUCCCACGCUCUACUCAAUCCGGAGCUGAAGCCGCCGACAAAACCGGAAGCAGAUUGGAACCUCUACGUAUGUAACCUACCUAAUGAACUGACCUUGCAAGAUCUACAUGGACUAUUUGCACAAUUUGGAAAAAUAGUGAAUUCCCGCAUUGCGUCAGGCAUAGCUUUUGUAUUAUAUGAACACCAAUAUGAAGCGGAGCGAGCCAUACAUAAUGUUAAUGGUACAACUCCUCCUAGUUUUUUACACCCAUUAACUGUUAAGUACGCUAAUAAGAGUAAUCCUAAUAAACAUAAAAACAAUAAUAAUAACUUCUCGAAGAACUCGUUAGUGAAGCCUUAUCAUUGGAUUAAUCAUGUAGGUGCAAUCGGGGAUCACAAUUCUCCGAGCACAUGGUCUAUAUACAUUUAUAAUAUUGCCCCUGAAGUAGAAGAGUUGACUUUAUGGCAACUGUUUGGUCCAUAUGGUGCUAUUGUGUCUGUUAAAAUAAUUAAAGAUCAUCAAACAAAUAAAAGUAAAGGAUUUGGUUUUGUAACUAUGAGAAAUUAUGAUCAGGCGGCUAUGGCAAUACAAGCUUUAAAUGGCUAUGUGCUUCACGGCCAGCCUCUGUCUGUUAGUUUUAAGACGCAAAAGAGAUAAUGUUAUAAAAAUCCUAAACCACAAUAUCAGUACAGUACAAUAGACAAAAUGACUCCUUUCAUUGAUGAACAUCAAUUAAUAUAUGUUAAUAGUGCUGAAUUGAAACAUAAUCCUUUAUACAUUAUCUUGAGUGCAGUCUGUCGAGUUUUGUUGAAUAUUAUAUUAUAUUACUUUGAGCUAUCGAUAUUGUUAAGUUUGUUUCUUAUUAUGAAUAAUUAUUUAUUCAGUUUGCUCGUUAAAUGUUUCAAGUUUACUAGAGGUUUAAGAUUUGUAUUGAAGAUGACUGUUGUUUGUGAGUUCAACAUCAGUUGUGAGCUAAGUGCUUUGACUAUAUAAUUUUUAUCAUUAUUUAAGUAUAAUAUACCAUUUUAAAGAUGUGCUUUUACAAGAUCUUACUAAUAUAAGCCACAUUGAGAUGAUUAAUCAGCUACUAGUUUUAGUUGUACACUUUUUAUAACAUGAUGUCUAUUUAGGUAGUGAAAACAAAAUCUAGAUUUUAUCAUAUUUAUACAUUUAGUAUAAAAUUUGCUGAAUUAAAAUUCAUUUUCACAAUUUUAAA